AUGGUAGCCACGAUGGCCCAACGCCUCCAAGCACACCGUAUCGACACCCUCAAGCAGGUUGCUUCGGAAAUUAAUCAGGAAGCCGGCGAUGGUGUGAGGGUGCUGCCGGUUAAGCUGGGCGUCACCAAUCCUGAUGAAGUGCGCACGUUCGUAGAGAAGCUUCCCACGGAGUUCCAGGAGGUCGAUGUGCUGGUCAACGACGCCGGUCUAGCGAAAGGCGUAGCCAAAGCACCCGAGAUCGCAGAGGAUGACAUGAAGGUCAUGUUCGCGACCAAUGUGACGGGUUUAAUCAACAUGACGCAAGCAAUCCUCCCUUCCAUGCUCAACCGCAACAACGGUGAGGGCUCAGGAGACAUCAUCAACGUUGGCUCUAUUGCUGGCCGUGAGCCGUAUGUCCCGUUGACAAUUAAUAUCGAUAUCCCGGAUUCCGAAAAGUCCCUCAGCAACUAA